UCUAUCAUUAUUUCCCGCCAGUCAGAUUACGCCGAACCGAUCGAUAAGUAAGUUACAUCCUACCCAACCUGUAUAUUACCAUCCACGUUGUUCAUUUUGUUAAUUAUAACAGUAACAGAACUAGGCGAAUAAAAGUUUGAGAAUAUCUAUAGAUAGUUUGCGAUAUUAUGGAAUUUGUAAGACUCUGUAUAGCUGUUGGAUGUUUUGUGACGUAUGCAGUUGGACAAGAUGAUUCAGAAGAAAUUAGGAAUGAUUUCGUUUCGAGACCAAAGUUACUGUUUUGUCCUAGAAAUGCGACAUGUGGUGAUAUAUUUUUCCAAAGAAGAUUGCUCAAAGACGGCACAAGACGACCAGAAAACCGCCAUAUAACAAACUGUAUAUGUCCUGGUACUGAGGGCUGUAAUUUUGAUGAUGAUCACACGAUCUUCCAAAGUACAACACACAGAGAAGCUCUUUGUGCACCAGUUAGCUCAUACAAAACCUGCAGACCAGGACAAACAGCCCGACAAUUACGUAUGAACUCUGAUAAUUUAGAUGGGCAGUCAUAUUUUGAGAUUCUGUGUACAUGUCCGAGACAUUUCAACCCAGUAGAAGGAAGAGGAAGAAUAGGAAAAUCAACAUACGAAACAUAUCCAACCAGAUUCGAUUCUUCAGACUAUGCCCAAGUUCGACCGUACAGAUGUUCAGGUAUGAGAGAAGAGUUCCUUGAGGAGCUUGAAGGACUCGACACCUACUAACAACCUACUAAUAUACAUGAAUCAGGACGAAGACCAGGCAGAAGAAACAGACAAAACAACAAUCGAAAUAGAAAUAGACAAAAUAGACGUUCGCGAUCAUAGAUUUAAUUGCAUUCAUAUAUAUCAUAUGUUUCUAAUUAGUUUAUCAACUUUUUAUAUUGUUUAAAGCAUAUCAAAUUGAUCUAACAAUCACAAUUAUUUCAGUCCAUUUAAUAGCACAAUAAUGAGCAUUUUUUCUUACUUCCUAUAAAGGAUAUCGUUCCAUUUGUAAGUCAAAUUAUUAUCGCAUUUCAUACCCUUCAUUGAAGUGAAACAUGUAACUUUUUUGUCUUGUUUUAGUAUAAACCUUUUUCUGUAAAAAAAAAUAUAUUUAAGUACCAAACAUAUGUUUCCUAAAACCUGCAUCGCCAACUAAUGAAACAACGCAUUAGAUUGUUUUGCGUGCGCACACUUUUACCUUUCUUAAAUUAUAGGUUUUUAUGGACAAUUUUAUUCUAUUUUUCCUUUUUUUUUUUUAGAUAUAGUCAACAAUUAAAAUACAUAUGUCAGUCAUAGUUAAAGUGUGCAGAAACAGUUUAUUUGCUUAUUCACAUUUUUUGCUUUCAUUACCAUAUUUUCACCUUGUAAGAUACAUAAAUGCUGUUGAGAUUGUAAAAUGUUUCUUUGUUACUAACUGUCAAUCGUCACUAAUACCGACUCAGAAUCUUCUUCUGGAAAAUAAAAUUCCUACUCAUGGUU